UAGUCCUGCCCCGCGCCCCGCGCCGCGCUCGGGCAAGCGCUCUGCGGCAGGAAGGCCUCGUCCUCCCGCGCCGCGGAGCCGCCUGCGAGAUCCCCGCUCCUGCCCGCCUGGACGACGCGGCGAGCUGAAGCCCCGAGCGGCGGCUCUGCCGCGUCCCUCCGCCCCAGCACCCAGUAGUUCGCUUCAGAUGGCCGAGAAAACGACCCGAGGCCCGGAGGAUGUCCCCGGCUCUUCUCCCGACGAAAAUGAGUUUCCUUUCGGAUAUCCCACCAGCAUUUGUGAAGAUGUGCCCGAUCAGAAGUACUUGUGCAGCAACUGCAACAAUAUUCUGAAGAAAGCCCUGCAGACGCUGUGUGGGCAUCGCUACUGCUCUGCUUGCUUGGCAUGGAUCGUGCGAAACAAUAAAAAUCCAAUCUGCCAGAAAUGUAAAGAGGAGGAUCCCAGCACUUUAAAUGAAGGAAGCCUAUUGGCAGAAGAAAGGGCUUUUGGUGAUGCUGCCAUUAAUAAAGAGAUCUCUGAGCUCAAAGUACAUUGUGCAACCCUGGGAUGCAGUUGGUCUGGUAUCAUGAAAAAUUUUGAAGAGCAUCAGAGCCUAUGCGAAUAUGCUUUAAUCCCCUGUCACACUGGCUGCGGACACAUGGUGAUGAGGAAGAAACUUGCAGAUCAUUUGGAAAAUUCAUGUGUUAAUAAUGUGACAGUGUGUCAGAAGUGUAAGCGGAGUUUAUCCAGUAGUGAGUACCAAAAACAUUCAUGUGAAAGCAAUUUAUAUAAGGAAGAAAAACGCGUGCAAACAGAAACACCAUCAAAGGAAAAGCAGAACCACUCUACACCAUUAAUCAACAAGGAUGGAUGUCGGUUUUCUGAAGUUGGCUGUUCGUUUAGGGGAGGCAAAGAGAAGAUAAAGGAGCAUGAAAAAGUUGCGGUUGGGGCCCACAUGCUGCUUCUGCUGCAGUACAUAAAGGAACUGAAGGCAAGCUUGUGCACUGCUGCCAGCGCCGCAAACGGCUUCGUCCCGCACCCAGCGCUGAACGCGAGCGGGGCGGAGAAAAGCAUCUCUGAUCUGCAGAUCCCCGCGGGUCUGGAAUUCAAUGGGGAUCUGGAAGUAGACUGCUUGCCUGGAUCUUCGGUUUCUGAAGAUGAUUCAAUUCUGCAACAAAUUGUGAGGGAAAAAGUGAUUUCUGAGCUAGAAAAUAAACUGCAUGUGUUUGAGAAUAUCGUGGCAGUGCUCAAUAAAGAGGUGGAGACCUCUAACUUGGAAAUCACAGCCUUUCGGAGACAGAGUGAACUCGAUCAAAAUAUAAUACGAGGCCUUGAACUGAAGAUUGCAGAGUUGCACCGGUGCCUGACACAGAAGGAUGCAGGCCUGAGCAGUCUGCACAAGAGCCUCCUGUUCUCCGAGCAGGCUUCCUACGACGGGGUCUUUCUGUGGAAAAUAACGGACGUCGGCAGGAAGCUACAAGACUCGGUGACUGGAAGAGCAGUCAGCCUGUAUUCGCCAGCUUUCUACACCGCAAAGUACGGCUACAAAGUCUGCCUGAGGAUUUAUCUGAAUGGGGACGGGACGGGAAAAGGGACCCACGUGUCUCUGUUCUUCGUUGUCAUGAAAGGGGACUACGACGCUCUGCUUCCUUGGCCUUUCAGACACAAGGUUACAUUUAUGUUGCUUGACCAGAACAACAGAGAACACAUUAUUGAUGCCUUUCGCCCAGACUUGACAUCUGCUUCAUUUCAGAGACCGGUGAAUGAUAUGAAUGUUGCAAGCGGUUGUCCUAUGUUCCUUCCGUUGUCCAAAUUACAGUCACCUAAAUAUGCCUAUGUGAAGGAAGACACACUUUUCCUUAAAUGCAUUAUAGAAACAAAUUAGUAAAUCUUGAAAUAUGUGUAUCUGGUAAAACACGCACUGAAUUUCAUUAGUUUUCAAAAGAAGAACCAUCAGCUUGAGACGUGGUGUUAGUUUUCACGCGCACACCAGACCGAGGGCGCCUGAGCCCGGGCUCUGCUCCGUCAGCUCGCACCGGUGAGGAUCUGCCUGCUGGAGCUGGCUGCAGCUGAGCACGCGGAGGACAGCGCCCGGUGCCGCCUGAAGGCUGCUGUUGCACGUCGAAACUGCGAUUAUUUCAUAAAACGGCCGAUACUGCCCCGUCAGACUCGGGUCGCAGCCCUCCCCUCCGCAGCGGCGCGGGCGGAAAGCGGAGCCCUGCCCCGGCUGCGCGUGCGCCGUCCUGGGCAGAGGGCCCAGCCCAGCUCCCUCCUCGUGCCCCGGGGCGUCCGGUUCCUGGGACCGGCCCUCCCGGGACCCUACCUUGUGCCUCGGGGAAA